GGGGAUCGUUUCUCAUGCUCCGAGCCUGAUUGGACGGCGCGAACGACGCCUACUGACCAGACGCCAGUCCUGUCCUGAUCAGCAACCACGGACCGGUUUUUGUUCCCCCUCGGGUCUAUUUGGGCGCCUCACCAGCCUUCAGGUCUGCAGCCAGCAGACGUCAGAAGAGAGGACCAAGAUGGAACCACUGGUUGCUGCCAUUGACCAGGGCACGAGCUCUACGAGGUUUCUGGUGUUCAAUGCAAAAACAGCUGAAUUGAUGAGUCACCAUCAGGUAGAGAUCAGUCAGAGCUUCCCUAAGGAAGGGUGGGUGGAGGAGGACCCCAGGGAGAUCAUGCAGUCCGUCUAUGAGUGCAUAGAGAGGACCUGCCAGAAACUGUGCCAGCUCAGCAUCGACGUCUCCAACAUUAAAGCGGUAGGAGUGACCAAUCAGAGAGAGACAACCCUAGUUUGGGAUAGAGAGACGGGAGAACCCCUCUACAAUGCAGUUGUUUGGCUGGAUCUGCGCACCCAGUCAACGGUGGAGAGGCUCAUUAACAAAGCACCAGGCAGAAACAAGAACCACCUCAAGCACAAAACAGGCCUCCCAAUCAGCACCUACUUCAGCGCCGUGAAGCUGCGCUGGCUGCUGGACAAUGUGGACAAGGUGCACGAAGCUGUGCUGGCGGGCCGGGCCAUGUUCGGUACCGUGGACUCCUGGAUCAUCUGGUGUCUGACAGGGGGUAAGAACGGAGGGGUCCACAUCACUGACGUGUCCAACGCUAGUCGUACCAUGCUCUUCAACAUCCACACCAUGGACUGGGAUCCUGAAAUCUGCAGGUACUUUGAAGUCCCGAUGAACAUCCUCCCCAAAGUCAGAAGCUCCUCUGAAAUAUACGGCUGGGUGAAAUCUGGAUCACUUUCAGGGGUCCCCAUCUCAGGGUGUCUGGGGGACCAAUCAGCUGCCCUCGUUGGUCACAUGUUCUUUGAAGAGGGACAGGCCAAAAACACGUAUGGGACUGGUUGCUUCCUGCUCAGAAAUACAGGGACAAAACGUGUGAUGUCGGACCAUGGCCUGCUCACAACAGUAGCCUACAAACUGGGGAAGGAUGAACCCGCUUGCUAUGCGCUGGAGGGUUCGGUUGCCAUUGCAGGAGCAGUGGUGCGGUGGUUAAAAGACAACCUUGGCAUCGUGCAGACGUCCUCAGAGAUUGAGAAGCUGGCGGCUGCAGCAGGCACAUCCUACGGCUGCUACUUCGUGCCAGCCUUCUCAGGGCUCUACGCUCCUUACUGGGAGCCCAGUGCAAGAGGGUGUGGUUCAAACACAUCUGAAAACCAAUGCUUUAGUCACCAUUUUCUUUCUACAGCAUGUCUGGUUUCCUCUCUGUUUUCCAGCAUCAUCUGUGGACUCACACAGUUUACCAACAGGAACCAUUUGGCCUUCGCUGCCCUGGAGGCCGUCUGCUUCCAGACCAGAGAGAUCCUGGACGCCAUGAACCAGGACAGCGGCGUCCCCCUGACACAGCUGGGGGUAGACGGAGGAAUGACGGCCAACAAACUGCUAAUGCAGCUGCAGGCUGACAUCCUCUGCAUACCUGUUGUGAAACCCUGCAUGUCAGAAACCACAGCCCUGGGCGUAGCGAUGGCCGCUGGGGCUGCAGACGGGGUGAACGUGUGGAACCUGAGCCCUGGUCAGCUCCCGCAUCUUACAUCUGAGAGAUAUGAACCUCAGAUCAACCCUGAGGAGAGUGAGUUUCGCUUUGCUCGCUGGAAGAAGGCGGUCCAGAGGGCCAUGAACUGGGAGACCACCGAGGUCUGCAGCAGCAACGGUGUAGGAAAGAAGCUGAACAACGCCCACUGGAAUGUACCUCCCGUCCCUCCUCCCGUCAAAGUGGACCCCUAAGACCAGCGGCAGUAACUGGACGGGUCAGAACCAGAAGUCGGGGUAAAUGUGUGCCCAUCAGUUUCUGCCAGGCUUUCCAUCAACAGUCGGCUGGAUUUAAGAGAAACCACCUGCAGAGCUGCUUCAUUCCACACGGGAACCUUUUUCAGAUGGAAUUCGUCUGGUUUGUUUUCUGAGAAAAGGAAAAGUUAAAUCCUUAAAUUUGCCGUUGAUAGAGUAGACCAAAGAGUUGCACUACUGAGCCCACAGAUUUUUACUGAACCACUUUUUCUGAGCACCCAGUGCUGUGCUGGUCCCGAAGGACUUCAACAGGAUCUUUACUGGGGAAAACUCAAGUUGAGGAUCCAAACUGAAACCAUACACAUGCCAAGCUCUGGACACUUUAGGGAAGCAUGGUCAUUAGAGCAGUGUAGGAUUUUUAAUCACGUCAGACCAAUUAACCUUUAAUUUCCUGUAGCAACACUGGAGGUCCACAGAUCAUUUAAAGGGAAUGUGCUGAUUCAGCUCUGGAACAUGUAAUACACACAUACAUGUAAAAUAAA